AUGGAGUGCUUUCAUGACCCUACAGCUACAUCAGAAUCACAACUGCACUGCAAACAACCAUCAUUCAGAACCAUGAUCUUCCUCCAGACCCGCGUGAUACGGGUCAUGAGACCCAGACCCCUGCUCCUGCUGCUCCUGGGGGUCCUGACGCUGACCAAGACCUGGGCUGACCCCCACAGCCUAAGAUACUUGCACACCGCCUUGUACGGACCCGGCCGCGGACAGUACCGGUACAUCGUCGUCAUCUACGUGGACGACUCGGAGAUCCUGCGGUUCGACAGCGACGCCGCGAGUCCCAGGCUGCAGCCUCGGGUGCCGUGGCUGGAGCAGCCGUGGAUGGAGCAGGAAGGCGCACAGUUUUGGGAGGAGCAGACGCUGGAGAUCAAGCACAAGGAACAGUGGAGCAGAGCGAACCUGAACAAGCUGCGCGCCCACUACAACCAGAGCGACAACGUGUCCCCCACUUGGCAGGAAGCGACAGGCUGCGUUGUGGAGUCAGAGGACCGGCGCUUCCUCCACGGAUUCAGUCAGUUCGCCUACAACGGCGCCGACUACGUCGCCCUGAACCAGGACCUGCGCGCCUGGAAUGGAGCCGCGGGGAUCAGCUGGAGCAACAUCGUGCGGGUCCCUGACGCGGACGUUCAGAGGGUCUUCCUGGAGGACACGUGUGUGCACCGGCUCCGCCUGUUCCUGGAGAAGGGGAAGGGGACCCUGCUCCGAGCAGACCCUCCAAAAACACUCCUGACCCACCACCCCAUUUCUGACCAUGGGGUCACCCUGAGGUGCUGGGCCCUGGGCUUCUACCCUGCUGACAUCACCCUGACCUGGCAGCGUGAAGGGGAAGACCUGACCGAGGACAUGGAGCUAGUGGACACCAGACCUGCAGGGGACGGGACCUUCCAGAAGUGGGCAGCUCUGACUGUGCCCCCUGGAGAGGAGCAGAGAUACAUGUGCCAUGUGCAGCACCAGGGGCUGCCUGAGCCCCUGACCCUGAGAUGGGACCCCUCUCCCCAGACCACCAUCACCAUCAUGGGCAUUGCUGCUGUCCUGGGUCUCCUUGGAGCUGUGGUCACUGGAGCUGUGCUGUGGGGGAGGAAGAGCUCAGGCAGUGACAGUGCCCUGGGCUCUGAUGUGUCUCUCACAGCUCCUAAGGCGUGACAGAGCUGCCUUGUCCUGGUUUGGUGCUAAAACAGCCACUGCAGCUUCCCCUUGGGACUUUCAGGAUCCCUGACUGAGUUUCUGCAACCAACAUCAGAAUGUGUCUGCGUUUUCAUCAGUAUUAUGUGAGGAGCAGGUCACCAGGCCACCCUCCCCACAGGGACCUGUGCCCUCUCCCCUGGGUCCUGUCCUGUCCUAGCAGAGUUGAAGUGAGACCAUCCCCAUCCUGGUCAUUUCUCACCUGGGUCAUCUUUGUUGCUCCUUUGUCUUUGCCAUUUCAGGAGAACCUUGUCCCACUAGGACCUGGGAUGCCAGGUACUUCAAUGUCACCCAGGGCUUGUCCUCACUCUAGGACUGUGCUCAGUGAGGGCUUUCUGUGACCGCGUCAGCCUGAGCUCAGGCCUGGGUCUGGCCCUCAGCCUCUGUUUUCAGUAUUUUAUUGUUUCUUUCUUUUUGUACAUGUUAUAUGUAUUCUUAUUUUCUUAUUAAAUUAAUGGUAUAUUUUAUUA